UCUGGGCACAGCUACUCAUGUCUGAUUGUUUACAAUCUUUCCUAAACAUGGCCGCCAACAAACGGUUAUGUCAGUUAGUGAUCCAUAAGUGCUUAUUUUAACGCAUUUCCAAGUCUUAAAAUACAAAAACAACUACGGACCAAUUUAUAAAUCAAACAAUAUUUCCAGUUUGUUGCUAAUUUGGAUAUUAUCUCAUCUUUUUGCAACUCGGUCGCCGCUUAAGCUAGUUAGCAAGCUAGCUUUUACAUAGGGAACAAUGACAGCGACUUCAGCAGGGAGCUGCCUUACCGCGAAAGGACUGGACAUAAGUCUGGCUGCCCUGAAACGACAAGACCCCUACAUCAACACUAUCGUGGACGUGGCCAGUCAGGUGGCUUUGUACACUUAUAACAACAGGUCAAAUGAAUGGGAGAAGACUGAGGUGGAAGGAACGCUUUUUAUCUACACAAGGCUGGCAUCUCCCAGGCAUGGCUUCACCAUAAUGAACAGACUCCGCAUGGAGAACUUGACAGAGCCAAUCACCAAGGACCUGGACUUUCAGCUCCAGGACCCCUUCCUGCUGUACCGCAAUGCACGCUUGGUUAUCCAUGGGAUUUGGUUCUAUGAUAAGUCGGACUGUCAACGAAUUGCCCAGAGAAUGAAGAUUCUAACCCAUCAGGAGCAGGUCCUGGCUCAUUCUCAGGGCGGCUGGCUGUUACCAGGAGGAGGAGGAGGAGGAGGUGGGAGUGGGAGUGGUGGAGGGGGCGGCGGAGGAGGAAGUGAAGGGAAGGCAGUCGACAUCAUCCAGAUGCUGACUAAAGCGCGAACAGAGUAUGACAAGGUAAAGUGUACUCCAGAGCCAAAGGAGAUUGGUGGCAGCAGUGUUCUACAUGGAAACCCUAACCUGAUCAAACCAAUACCUGUUAAACCAAACACUCAGGACAGUGAAGGUGCUGAACCCAAAUCUCUCUCUCUGGCCACUUUGUUUGGUUCUCAGCAUCAACAUCACCACUCAUCCAAAACAGCCACAGCCACAGGAGAACCCGGGUCAGCAGCAGGGAAAGGCUCUCGCCCACCAGUAGCCCGCACGCUGACCUAUGAUGACACCCUGAUAAACUCUGGCAGAAGUGUUCACAGAUUAGAUGGAGGGAGCAGGGCAGUAACUGGGGAGGAUGAUCAUCAUCAUCAUUAUCAGCAGCAGCAGCAGCAGCAGCAACAGCAAGAGCUGCUGCAGCACUGUCCAGCCAUCCAGAAGCUCAUGCAGGGACAGAGAGGUGUCCUUCAGACCCUGUCCGAGUCCCCUGAGAACAGGCUGUGUGACAACGGGGUGCCAAUGGAUCAUCACCCUCAUCACCAUCAUCAUCAUCACCAUCAACAGCAACAGCAACAGCUUCAACAACACGACCCAAUCAAAAAACUUUUCCAAGCUCAGCUGCCUCCCCCUCCUUCCUCGUCCUCCUUCUCCCCUGCUGCUCCCUCUUUUUGCUCCAUCCCGCCUCCCCAUCCUCUGCAGCAGCACCCCCACCUCACCUCAAAGCCCUUAAUGGUGGAUUCUGGGUCAUGUUCCCACCUUCAAGUCCAACAAAACCAGCAGCUGUUUUUCAGCCUUUCUAAGCCUCAAACAGACGCUGGGCACAACAUUAUGUCAUUAUCAGCUCUACAGAAAGCAGGUCUGUCUUGCCAGAUGCCUGGUGUGGUGUCUCCUCAUGAACUCCUCCAAAAGCUCCAGUUGGUUCAGCAGGAGCAAAGCUUGGCUUCCAGUGAAGCUCCUCGACACUGUCCCGGAUUGGCCCCUCGGUUCCUGGGAUCCACUCAGAGUCAAAGUGCCUGCUCUGUUGUGGGUCCAGGCCCAAAUCAGAUUGCAGCUACUGUAGGUCAAAAGGCGGCUCCGCAGUUGCCAGUCAUUUCUGAGACCAUCUCCCCCCAUCGGAUACCAGCCACUGUGGCCCCCAACCUGCUCCUCUCUCCCAGUGUGUUUUCUCAGGCAAAGUCUGGCAGUGGUUCAUCAGCAGUUGCUCAGGAGAACUGCCAUGAAGUGCCAGUUCUGUCCAGGUCCCAGCUCCAAGCCACACUGCUGCACCUGAUCCAGACUGAUGGCUCAUUCCUGGACACCAUCCAUAAGACCUACAUCAGCCGUUGUGCUAACAACUCCAGCACCAAGUACCAAUGACUCUUGACACCCCCUGUCUAUACAUACUGUCCAGAGCAGUAAUAUGGAUGUACAACUUUUUCUUACACACACAACCUGACUCUAUUCACUUCAAUUUAAGUGUCUCCACAUUUAAAAAAAAAAAAAAAAAAAAGUUUUGUUUCCAUUUGAGGAAAUAAGAAACUUUUUUUACCUUGUGAUGCUCAAAAAAAAUCCGAGGACCAUUUCUAUACUUGUAGUUCAGGGGAAAAUGUAGCCAAUACUGUACUUCACUCUCAAUGACAACAAAAUGAUCUGCUACCUCAGUCUCCCCGUACUGUUUUUUCAAGUGUUGCAGAAUUUAUUUUGUUUGUUUUAAAUUGUACAUAAAUGAAGUCCUCCAAUUCUGAGAGCUUGUGCUCAAGAUAGGUUCAAACUAGUACAAAGUUUUCUGUACAUUUGGAAAAGAGUAUAUGUUUAAAUGUCAAGAGAAUUUUUUUAGAUUUGAAUUUACAAUUCUUUUUUAAAUUAAACUAGAUUUUGCUUUCUGAAGGAAUUUUCAGUAAGAAUGUCUUACCCUUCAAAUGUUUAUCAAAAUAACGCUUUGCAAUUUUGACUUCUUUAUUUUUUAGCACAUGCUAGAUGUGAAAUCUACACUGUUAUUUUAGUUAACUCGGUUCAUUUGUGUUGUUCUCUAACACAUUUGCAGAAAGCUAAGUCUUCUUGAGUGUAUAUACAAUACAAUCCCAAUGUGUUUUUCAGAAAACAAGAAGGAAUAUCUGGUUCGUAGGAGACAAAGUCAUUGAACUUUUGCACUUUGUAAGUUAACUUAGUGAUCUGCUAAUUAUUUUAAUUACAUACAAGUGUAAAAUGAUUUGGUCAAUCUGUCAAAUUGAAGAAACAAGGAAUCGGCCUGCACUACCUCACAGACGGCUAGUUUAGAGUUGCACCUGUGUUUUUACUUAGUAGUAGCAAAUACUUUUUGGAUACUUAUGCAAUUGGAAACUUGUCAGGAGAUUUAGAAAUAGGCUAAUAAAACAACACAUCAGAUGCUUUGUUGUUGGUGGUAUAUAGAAGUCAAUAAAUGAUCACUUGGUUAAAUUGUUUUAAGCAGCAAAAAAGCAAAACAUAAGGGCUGUACACAUGCAUCCUGUUACACAAGUAAAGACAAAAAUAUAACAAUCACAUCAGAUCUGUUUUUAUAAAAAAAAAUUCAUGUUAACAAACACUCACUAAGUGCAAUAAAACAGUCAGUUUUAUUGAAAACAAAAAACAACUAAUUUUCAGAAAAAAGAAAAAUAUUUUUCUCCCUAUUUUUCUACUGAAGAAUCCAAAUGUAUUAUUCUCAUAGUACAGAAAACUCUGUCAUGUUGCAUUAUAUGUUUAUUGACAGUCAUGUGACAGAUGCCAAAGUUUUAUUUAAAUUUAAAUUUAAAUUUAAAUUUAAAAGAUGUCAUCCAUAAUCUUUUUCUAUACACAUCAUUCAAAUGUUGACGAAAACAGUUUUUGUUUUUCAGGAAGAUUUUGCUUUUACAGAAACUGUAAUCUAUUUUAAUUGGAUAUUAAAUAUUCUCAUAUUGCUCC